AUGGCCGCGAAGGGCUUCGCUUCCCGCCUCGGAGGCUCCCGCGCUUUCCUGCGGGGCUUCGUGGCCGGGGCUGCCGUGGGCGCCGCGGGGGCCGGGCUCACGGCCCUGCAGCUGCUCCGGGGUCGGGGCGCCAAGGCAGCGCUGGCGGCGGGGGAGCCGGGCGCCUCUGCAGAGACGGCCGUCCUGGAGCAGUUCGGAUUCCCCGCGGCUGGAACGGAGACGAGGCGGUACUCCAACCACGCCUUGUCCUACGACCAGGCGAAGCGGGUGCCUCGAUGGGUCCUUGAGCAUAUAUCCAAGAGCAAGAUCGUGGGUGAUGCGGACAGGAAGCACUGUAAAUUCAAGCCCGAUCCCGACAUCCCUCCAGCCUUCAGUGCCUUCAACGAGGACUAUGUUGGAAGUGGGUGGUCACGAGGACACAUGGCUCCAGCAGGAAACAACAAGUUCUCCAGUAAAGCCAUGGCUGAAACCUUUUACCUCUCUAAUAUUGUGCCCCAGGAUUUUGAUAAUAAUUCUGGAUUUUGGAACAGAGUAGAAAUGUACUGUCGGGAACUUACAGAGAGGUUUGAAGAUGUUUGGAUAGUGUCUGGACCUCUGACCUUACCUCAGACCGGAAGUGAUGGCAAGAAGACAGUUAGCUACCAGAAAGUUCAGGAAGAUUCCAGAGAAAUGAAGAAGAGUGAGAAAGCACUUGCAGCACGAUGCGAGCAGCUGGUGAAUCUGGUGGAGUGUCCAGGGAGGCGUUCUUGGUGCUGCUGCUGCAGAAUCCAGGUGAUUGGUGAUGACAACGUGGCAGUGCCUUCGCACCUGUACAAGGUGAUCCUGGCUCGCAGAAGUCCAGGAUCCACGGAGCCUCUGGCCCUGGGGGCCUUCGUGGUGCCCAAUGAAGCUAUUGGCUUCCAGCCGCAGUUAGCUGACUUCCAGGUGAGCCUCCAGGAGCUGGAGAGGCUGUCGGGACUGGUGUUUUUCCCUCGUUUGGAUAGGACUGGUGGUAUCAGGAACAUCUGCUCGGUGGAUACUUGUAAGCUCCUGGAUUUCCAGGAGUUCACUCUGUACCUGAGUACGCGGAAGAUUGAGGGAGCCCGCUCGGUGCUCGGGCUGGAGAAGGUCAUGGAGAAGUUGAAGCGCGCCGGGAUUGAACCCGAUGAUUACUUCCUGAGUCGCUAUGAGAAGAAGCUAGAAGAACUCAAAGCUGAGGAGCAGGCGGGAACCCAGACAAGGAAGCCUUCCUAGUUCUGAUCUCGGGACGUGUGGGGUCAGCUGGAAGGGAGCAGGCUGACGCACCCCGGCGGCUUUGAUGGGAGACGUGACGGACUCACGGAUUUCAGACUUCAGCCCUCCCACGAGAUGGGAGAUCGACAACUCUCUCUCUUUUAUUUGACCUGGGAGCUAAGUAUCAAGGAAGCCCUUAGGCCUGCAGGAUGGAGGCUGAUUUCACGCCACGGUAGCCCGAGAGCUGUGUCCCCCGACGCCUGCGGCUGUGUCUCCCAGGCACCUCGGAUGUGAAGACGCUGUCUGCAGUGUUUCUGCUCCGAAUCAGACGUCUUGGGUGUGUCAGCUCAGCCUUGGAAGCCAGCGUGUGCUGCUGUUCUUGCCCUGGGGCCUGAGCUGGCCUCAGGGACGGCUUGCGCGAGUCCCCUGUGCGGUAUCCUGCCCACACGUACUGUGUCGUGUCUCUCCUCUCAUGAGCCUGCUGUCCUCCUCUCUCUGCGGAAGCAGUCGGCGGCAGCAGUCUGUGCUAAGUGCGUUCUCGGCACCCUGUCGGGGCUCCCAUGUGCUAUCUCACAGUGACACCGAGAUAAACACCCUGUCCUCACGGGAGCUGAGUAACCCAGGCUGAGUUUGUAUGGCUUCCGAGGUUCCCUUCCAGGGAAGUCACCCACGAAGCGUGAGGCGCACGGGGCUAGGAGAGGGCCGCUGGGGUAGACCCAGCAGCACAGCCUCUCACCGAUGCCUGUGCCUCCGGGUCCCCCUGACGACAAGGGGCUGCGUCUCCUCUCGGGCUUCCGACGUGAGCUCUCCGUAGCUCUUUGGAAGCAGAGCAGGCCCUUGAAACUGGGAGGGCAGAGCUUUAGGGCCUCGAGGGCCCUGCUUGCUCGGGGAUGCGGCUCUUCUGGUCACCACGUGGUGCCGCAUCGGUGUUCCUUGCUUUCCAGGUGAGCUUGUUCUCAAGACCAAGAAACCUGCAACGGCUCUGUGCCCAGGCUCCCAGCUCGUGCCUUGCUCCCUGCUGUGCCUGCUGUCCACCUGUAGCAUAGGACAGGUGGGCUCUGGGCAGAGGGCCAAGGACAGUUAACGUGCCUGAGGGGAGGGGUGGCCGUUUCUCUGAGCCCGACCUCUGACUUUGGGUUUACACAGAGCUCUGUCCUGCUCUGGAGCAGUCUGGGCAGUAAGACAGCUCUGGGGCACGAGAGCCUGUCUGAAUCAGUUGUGCCACGGAUGUCUUCACAGCGUUGCAGGAACAGUGUUUGUAAGGUUUGCACGUUCCUUUCUAACAAGUCCAAGCCUUUGAGAUAAAGAGGAUAAUGAUGGCCCUGUUCUCCUGUUCUUGGGUAAAGAACAGUUGGGGGUGGGGCACACACAGUGGCCGUUGUAGCACGGUUCCCCAUUUGCUGGUGCCAGUCCUUCUCUUCCCAGGGUGUGGAGCCAAAAUGUCACUGUGACCAAAAAAAUCCGAUACUCUGCUCAGCGGAGAGGUGCUUCUGUAGGAGCGUAGAGGGCUGGCGGGUCGUGGGCACCAGCUGUCAGGUGAGCCCAGGUCUCUUCCCUGUCCCCGGCAGCUGGGGGGUUCCCGUGCUUCUUCCCCGGGGGCUGGGCAGUCUUGGUUUCGAGUCAGUUAAGUGCCUUGGGUUUUUAUCUCCAGUGAAAGCUGCUUGGUCGUGGGGAAGUGGAGUUAAGAGCUGGUGAUAGAGGGGGGCAGCUCAGCGGUGAUGCCGCAGCCCUUUGGGGGCCCCCAGGUCAGUGCAGUUCAGUGGAGCUCGGAUUUUCCUCUGCGUUGGAGCCGCCCCCAGAGUGUGGCUGCUGACUGUUCUGACCACCCCAACUGCUGUUUGUUCAGAGAGGCAGAACAGGGCCAUCGUUUUACUGUUGCUGUGACUUUGCUUGCCAUUGGGAGUCUUAUUUUCUGCGUGGUGCAAGGCAAACACGGGCAUCAGGAAUGGUCACAUGCGGCCUGGACCAUAUUUCUUCAUUUGAAAGGCAGAGCCCCGGGAUGGGGGGUUGGAGGGAGGGAUCUUCCAUCAGCUGGUUCACUCCCCAGAUGGCUGCGACAGCCAGGGCUGGGCCAGGCCAAAGCCAGGAGCCAGGAGCUUCUUCCAGGUCCCCCACAUGGGGGCAGGGGCCCGAGCACUUGGGCCGUCCUCUGCUGCUUUCCCAGAUACGUUAGCAGGGAGCUGGGUGGGAAGCAGAGCCCCUGGAACUUGGCCCUGCACUCUGAUAUGAGAUGUCGGUGGCAGUUUCACCUGCUGCCCUACUCGGCUCGGAAAGAGCGAGGUGCUGUGUGCUUCAUUUCUGGUGUCUGCUGCUUGGUCUAGAAGAGCCCAGCUUCCGUGCUGCACAGUGCAGCCUAGGGAGCUGGCGGGAGGGUAGGGCUCUGCUGGCCUGGCACCUCCGGAAGCCUGGCUGGCACUGUGUGCUCCGGUCGGGUUGGGGCCCAGCCGCAGCCCUGCCAGGCGGCUUCCUGUGCUUUCUGGAGCAUGCUAUAGGGCGGCCUUGAGGGCUCUGGGGAUGGCCGACCAGUGACCCCAGUUGGCUUGGGGGACACCCCAGGGGUGAGGGUGGCUUCCCCCCAGGACUCAGCACCUCCCCCUGUGGCACCGGCAGUGGCUGUGGGAAGCCAAGGGUAAGCUCUGGUGGUGGUGACGGUACAGGGGUGGCUGCUGUGUGGGGCGGGAGGACCGCAGUGAUGGCCUCUGUGUGCAGUUCCCGGGCAUUAGGCUGUGGGCCCCUUUGCAGCAGAGCCGGGGUUCGGAGAAGCGCCUCAUCACCACCCAGACCCGACCAGCCCACGCCCUGCCAUCAGGCACCUCCCUGGGCCCAGGCAGCUUCUCUCAGAGUCCUGGUCCAGGGGACGGGCAGCACUGGGGGAGCUGCCGGUGUGGGUGGGCUCGGCCAUGGGGAAGGACAUCACCCCAGGGACAUCUUUGUUGUGAGACUAGCUCUUCAGUUCCUGCAUUGAGGAUGUUGGCCAGUGCCAUGUGUUCGAAGGUCAGAGGGUGGGGUGUGACCUCCAUUUGACCUUCAGAUGACUGCAAAGCUGCGUCCCCCCAGGAAUUUGAUUAGCGCCCUGCGUGAGUCUGUCCUGUGGCCCUGCACUUGUCACGUCACUCAUCCUUGGCACACUGGUGUCAUGGAUCACAAACUCUGGUUACGGGCCCAGCCUUGAACCUGUGCCCGGGGUCUGCUCCCUGCACAUCCUCACACCUUCAUCCUGGUGCCUCCUACAAGGUCCUGCGGAGGGCUGACUCUCCUUGGACACGGGGUCUGCCCCUGUCUGCCUCCUUGCCCAGCCUCUGAUGUCAUCCAUCUUGGAGACUGGCCGUCAGAAAUCCGGUGUUCCAUUUCCUAGUCCACUCUGCCUUCAGAGACCAGUCCUCAGAGUGGGCCGGGCAGGAUCUGACGGGGCCCCAGAGAAUUUGGGGCAGUGGAGUUGUGGGGCACUGGUUCCUUUCUAGGCGGCAUGCCAGGAUGUGUGUGCACGUAGUGCCUCUAGGGGGUGCUGUGUCCUCACGUCCCCCGCCCAGUGUGGGACUUCAGCCAGCCUGCUAAGCUCCCAGGCUAGAGGGAGCACAGAAGUUAGCUCCUGAGGGGACCUCGCGUUGGGCUCACCUCACAAUAGCCUAGUAGCCAAAUGUUCCCUCCAGCUUUAUUGUGGAAAAUUUCCAGCCUACAAAAGUUGAGAAGGAGAAUGAUCAUCUCAUUUGUUGUUUUAUUUUUAUUCUUAAAAGUAAUUUUUGUUAAGAAUAAAGUUACAGGAAUGGCACCUCACUUUUUAAUACUUGGGCUUGUGCUACCUAAAAAAAGGACAUCCCCUAUAUUUCUAAAAUCUCAAAUCUAAGAAUAUUGCCAAGAAUUCACUAUCAUCUGUUAAAAUUCGCCACGGUAUGCUGAAAUCUCUUUUAAUGUAGCUUUCAGUCGAGAUCACGUCGUAUCUAGUCGUGAACCACUAAACGCAGGUUCCCCAGGCACACCCUUGGAACCUAUUUUUUAGGCAGGUGACACUGGUGAUGGUGUUAGCCGAGAUUUGGAGCGGGAUGUCCCUCGGUGCCGCUGCCGUCUGCUGCUGCACUGUAUCCCUAGACAGCGUCAGGUAGAUGGUCUGAGCUGAGCGCCCUUGAAGGAGAGCUUUGCCCCAUCCCUUUGGGGCCCUGGGGCCCUAGCUCCCUGUGGAGCGGAGCCUCAGACGGAUAAGCGGAAACCUGCGCGUCAGUGGCAGGCCCCAAGAGCCGACCCAGGCUGUGCAGAGCUCCCCUGCUUGGAGAGAAGCUCGUAACGGUGUCGGGGCUGUCCCGUCACACGUGGAGCUCUUGGGUCCUAGGCCCUUCACCGUCCUGGUUCCGUGUGCUCUCGUGGUGCAGCAUCCCCUUAGGGCGGAGCAUGCAGGAUGUGGUGCUGAACUGAGGUGGGGGCUGGGCCACAUUUCUUAGGGACCCUCCACUCUUCUCACCACACCAUUGAUCCAUGUGCAACUCAACUCCAGCUAACGCCUCCAGGUUUUUUCACAGACCAAUUCCCUGUGGUGUACUUACAUAGUCAACUUUGGGCACACGAAUUUGGGCUUUUAUGUGUGCCCAACUGUUCAGAUACCAUCAGUGUAGUGUCCCCGCCUUCAGGUGCGUUCACAUUCUUGGUGAUCCUGAUUUGGCCAGUCUACACGAUCGCCAUGCCUCCCAGCUGUGAGAUUACAGACUGGAUAAGCAAGCUUUUCAGUGUGUGUGUGAAAACUGCUUAUGGAGACAGAGCCCGUGAAGAUCCCUCUGGGGACACAGCCGAGUUACGUGGCAGCCUGCUUCACCUGUAAGUUCCAUGGCUGCUGUGUUCUGGUAUUUCCUAGUAAGUUCAUCUGGUUCUUGGGAGAGAAGACACUUAAUUGGUUGCACGGUGCAGAAAUGGAUCUCCAUCACAGUGCCUGUGAGUGGCUCUGCCACCUGGGGUCCCCUUGGCGUGGCUGGGUGAUACUGCAGACACUGGCAGGGGUGGGAGGCGUGUGUGGUCCCCGUCUUGUCUGCCACCUGAGGUCCCCUUGGCGUGGCUGGGUGAUACUGCAGACACUGGCAGGGGUGGGAGGCGUGUGUGGUCCCCGUCUUGUCUGCCACCUGGGGUCCCCUUGGCGUGGCUGGGUGAUACUGCAGACACUGGCAGGGGUGGGAGGCGUGUGUGGUCCCCGUCUUGUCUGCCACCUGGGGUCCCCUUGGCGUGGCUGGGUGAUACUGCAGACACUGGCAGGGUGGGAGGCGUGUGUGGUCCCCGUCUUGUCUGCCACCUGGAGUCCCCUUAGCGUGGCUGGGUGAUGCUGCAGACGCUGGCAGGGUGGGAGGCGUGCGUGGUCCCCGUCUUGUCUGCUACCUACCAGCAGGGCAGCCUUGGCCAGCUGACUGUAGCCUUUGGUUUUUAAAGAUUUCUUUACUUAUUUGAAAGUCAGAUUUAGGGAGAGGCAGAGAGGGAUCAAAAUCUUAGAUCCUCUGGUUCACUCCCCAGAUGGCCAUGAUGGCUGGGGCUGGGCCAGGCUGAAGCAAGGAGCCAGGAGCUUCUCCCCUGUCUCCCGUGUGGGUGCAGGGGCCCAAGGACCUGGACCAUCUUUAGCUGCCUUCCUAGGAGUGUUAGCAGGGAGCCAGAUCAGAAGUGGAGCAGCCUGGACUCGAACCAGCACCCACAUGGGAUGCUGGCACUGCAGGCGGUAGCUUCAUCUGCUGUGCCACAGCGCCAGCUCCCAGUGCAGCCUUCUGAGUCAGGUUCCUCCUUUGGAACUGGUUGAGGAGGACGAAGGACUUGGCUGAGGGCUGAUUAAGAGUGUGUGCAGGGCUGGCCCAGCGCUGUGGCGUAGUAGGUUAAGCUUCCUCCUGCGAAGCUUAUGGACGCCGGCUCAAGUCCCGGCUGCUCCACUUCCUAUCCAGCUCUCUGCUAUGGCCUGGGAAAGCAGCGAGGGUUGCCCACGUGGGAGACCCGAAAGGAGCUCCUGCCUCCUGGCUUUGAGUCAGCCCAGCUCUGGUACUGGCCAUCUGGGGAGUGAACCAGCAGUUGGAAGACCGCUCUCUGUCUCUCUCUCCCUCUCUGUAACUGCUUCUCAAAUAAAACAAAAUUUUUUUUUUUAAAGGUCAUUUGUCCAUUAAAAAUGUGUCGUUUGGUAAGCUCCUGGGACACGGAGGCCAGUUCUGUGAACUCUUGAGAAUGCUUGUUGGUGAUAAUGAAGUCAAGGCCCGGGCCUGGGCUCAGUGUGGUGUGGAGCCGUGGAGCCGAUGAGAAGCAGUUCGGCCUCUUCCCCAGCCCUCAGGCUCUGCCAGCCGUGGGUGCCAGCCCUUUGACCUCGUCAGUGUUCGUGGAGUGCGGGGCACUUUCCCAGCCCAGCUUCUGGAGCCCAUCACUCCAGUAGGUUCCGCUCGCAAGGAGACCUGACUCCGGCAGCCUACCGCGUCUCGGGUGGCUGUCGACAGGUUCACUUGCCUUAUGACUCAUCUUAUGAUGAAUAUUAUUGCCUACGCAUCGCUGCAGUGGCCUGCUGGCACGCAGAGAGCCGUCUCCUCUUGAGGGGCCCACGGGGUGCUGGAGUUAGCCAGCGAGUCAGCGGCACCUGUGGGACAAGGCCUGGCUCGGACUGGGCAGCCAACGUCUCCUAGGACACCCAGUGGCGAGCGCUGGUGUCCGUGUGCCUGGCCUGUGCUGGGAGGGGAGGCAGCCCGCCCUGGUGGGCAAGGAGGUGGCCGUCAGAGUGUGGGGCAGGGGCCUUUGCGUGUUUGGUCCUGAGGCGCCAGAGCUAAGGUGAGGUCCCCCUGUGGGUGCAGGGGUGAAGGCCUGGCCUCGCCCCCCGCCCCCCGCCAGGUCAUCGGGAUCAUCUCUCUUCCCCCUGCAGCUCCAGCUACCCUGUAGGCAGAACAUGACAUGUCCUGCCUGUGAGGACUGCCCAGAUGUCCCCUGUGGGUGGGGACACUAUCGUCAGUGACCUGGAUCUCGCUCCGGCUCCCCAGCACUUUGGAGACAAAGCUGAGGCCUACCUGCUUUACAGACAGGGAGGCCCUGACCCCCCAUUGUGUCCCCUCCCUGUCCACACCCUACUGCCACUGCCAUUCAGACACAAGUGGGAAGACCCCUGUGGGGGCAGAAAUGGAGAAUCUUGGCCUGGGGGCUUGUCCAGGGGGUGUGGAGCCCAUCACAGUGAGGCGACUGCACCCUCCUGCACAAGGCUCAAACUCGAGUUGACUGGCAGUGCCCCCCACCCCUGCCCCUGCGUGCUCUGGCCUUCGGGACCCUGCUCUUUGGCCCAGACUGCUACUCGGACCCCGAGUGUUCUGGCCCUGGCUCCCUUGUGUCCUUAUGCAACUCUGGGUAAGUGGCAUCUCCUUACUCCUGGGCAGUCUCUGGCCCUCCCUGGCUGGUGUCUUCUGACUGUCCAGGCCAGGUGAUCCUUGGGGAGAGGCACGGUGGGAUGGGUGGGAGGCUGCAGGGGCAGGGUGGCCGAGGGCCUCUAAGGAGGUGUGAAUGAGGGAGGCAGAGCAGGGCCGUGUGGACAGCCCUGUCUCGGCCCUAUCUCCCAUCCGAGACACCCUCUCCACACCCUGCUGCUGAUAAGCAGGUGUGAGCCACAGCUGCCUUGUGACAGGCCUUGGCAGGGACUGAUGGCAGGGUCCACUCUGUUCAGAAUCCUGACGUCAGCAUCUCCUCUCCUCACGCCCCUUUCCUUGCCAGACUAGACAGGCCCAGCCCCCGGGCUCCUCCCCGGCGCUCAGCCCCCGGCUCUGAGACUCGGAUCCUGCUGCGUGAGGUGGGGAACGGGCCCCUCGGCCCCUCCCCCAGGCCUGCUCCUCCAGGGACUGCUGUGGCUGGGCCUGGCUCCCACGCUCCUGAUCACCAGGUGCACCUGGUGGCCCUCCUCCCCUCUCUGGUCCUGGGGCCACCGGCUUCCAGCCAGCCUCCCAGCUCUGUCUUUGCGCCCACACUCUCCACUAAAACACCUGCCCCUCUCAUCAGGUCAGGAACACAAACCCCGUAUUGUGGGUUUGUGGGCAGAGAAGAGAGUUUUGUAGAAAGAAACAGCAUGGAGCUCAGAGGGGAGGGGGGUCCUUGCGAGGUCCUUAACCCUAAGGCGCUGAACCCUGAACGUCUCCCUCUCUGAAAGGCAGCCUUCUGUGUUCAGAUCUGAAGAUCAUACUGGGUGGAGGCCCUGAGAGUUGUGCACAGAGAGGCCCCACUGUGUGUGUGAGGAGUGUGUGUCCUCUGUGUCACUGUGUGUAAGGAGUGUGUGUCCUCUGUCACACUGUGUGUGUGAGGAGUGUGUGUCCUCUGUGUCACUGUGUGUAAAGAGUGUGUGUCCUCUGUCACACUGUGUGUAAGGAGGGCGUGUCCUAUAUCACUGUGUGUGUAAGGAGGGCGUGUCCUCUGUGUGUCACUGUGUGUGUGAGGUGUGUCUGUGUCACUGUGUGUGUAAGGAGUGUGUGUCCUGUCACACUGUGUG